AUGGCGCACGUCGCCAUCGUCGGUGUGGCGUCCGUGUUCGCCGCGCGAUUGAAACGUCAAACGAAUAAACGACUCGCCGAACGCAAAGAAUCCGCGGAGAAAUCGAACACGGCGCUGGACGAGGCGCGCGCAAAGCUCGAGCGAUGCGAAUGCGAGCUCGCGUUGACGCACGCCGAUCACGACGAGGCGCUGGAUCGGUUGGACGAGGCGAAGGACGAGUGUGAGAAGUUGAAGAAGCAGGCAAAGACGGAGCGAGAGACGAGCGCGCGGUUGAGAUUCGCGUUGACGGUGGCGAACGGGCAGAAGGAGAAGCUAAAGGUGGAGAAUGAACGGUUAACGCUGGCGGAGCAAAAGAAAGCGGGAGAGGAGGCGCGCGCGAACGAGGAGGUGCGGAUGUUGAAGGAGAAGGUGGCGAACGCGAACAAGGCGACGGAGCAGGCGAGGAAGAGCGUGCAGGAGCUGACGGCGAAGAACGGGGCGCUGGUGAAGGAGUUGGAGGCGUUGAGGCACGAGCUGGAGGAUGGUAAGAUGGCCAUCUCGGGUCUGGACGCGGCGAGGAAGCGGAACGUGGAGUUGGCGGAGGAGAUUGAGAAGAGACAUCAAGAGUACUCGGCAAUCGAACACGCGCUGCAGGACGCGGAGAUUAAUCUGCGACAGGCAGAGAGCCAUAACGUGCAACUGAAGCUCGAAAAUGAGGACUUGAGCGAUCACGUCGUGCAGCUGCGCGCGCACGAGCUCGAGCUUCAGCAAGAGUUGAAGAACAUGCUCGAAACACUCACCAUGGUGACGUCGCAGCACGCGGAGGACGACGAGGGCGCGGAGGGCGGUGCGAGUGGGUUCGCUUCUCCGAUCGCGAUGGAGCGAAUCAUGGCGAAAAUAAAUACCCCGACAGCUGAGCGAAUCGGUGCGCACGCGGGCGAGGACGACGAUAUGCAAGACGUUCAGGCGCGCAUGGCGGUUUUAUUGUCCAGAGUCGAGGAGUGCAAGACGCCCCAGGGAAUCUCCAAAGCCAUCGCCGAGUUGGACGAACUUCAAGUCAAACUGCGCGACAUCAAAUCCGCGACGGAUGUCGACGAGGGCUCUCCGCCCCGGGGUCCGGGAUCAGGGUCGCCGGACGCGUGGCCCAUAUCGCCUCCUUCGCCAGUGACGACGUCAAAGAGUCUCACCGGGGCCGACGGACCGACGACGACAGAGCUCGACAAGGACGACAAGGAUCCGCAGACUCCGCCGCGAACUUUGGAGUUUGACGAGCCAUCGACGCCGUGGAGCAGCAUGUGCUCGAAGUGUGGCGCCGUUCCCAGGACGGACGGGUGCGACGGUCGAUGCGCCGAGUGCUACAGGAUCAAGCAAGAAAAGCUUGCACAGUCACCUCUCUCGAGAUUCUCCAAUUCGAUCAAGAAGGUGCUUUCGCCGAACAAGGAAAAAGAGAAGACGGCUGGCGGCAAGAAGAAAGGGAAGAAGAAGGGUAAGAAAUAA